CCCGGGGCGGCCGCGAUGCAGAGGGCAGGCGGCGGCGGCGCGGGCCCCGGGGGCGCGGGCGCAGGGGGCGCGGGCGGUGGGGGCCCGGGCGCUGCCUUCUCCAUCGACGCGCUGAUCGGGCCGCCGCCACCGCGCGCCGGCCACCUGCUCUACACCGGCUACCCCAUGUUCGUGCCCUACCGGCCACUCGUGCUGCCGCAGGCGCUCGGCCCCGCACCGCUGCCCGCCGGCCUCCCUCCGCUCGCCCCGCUCGCCUCCUUCGCCGGCCGCCUCUCCAACUCCUUCUGCGCGGGCUUGGGCCAGGCCGUGCCCUCCAUGGUGGCGCUGACCACUGCGCUGCCCAGCUUCGCCGAGCCGCCCGACGCCGCCUUCUACGGGCCCCCCGAGCUCGCCACCGCCAACGCUGCCGCGAGCAACAUCCCUGAGCCGGGCGCCCGCCGAGCAGAGGGCGCCCUGGAUGCUGAGGAGCUGCUGCCAGCGCGGGACAAAGUGGCCGAGCCGCCGCCGCCCCCGCCCGCGCACUUCGCAGAGACUUUCCCGAGUCUGCCGGCUGAGGUGAAGGUUUACAGCUCUGACGAGGAGAAGCUGGAGACCCCUGCUGGCGACCCAGCCGGCAGUGAGCAGGAGGAAGAGGGCUCCGCCGGCGACAGUGAGGACGACAGUUUCCUGGACAGCUCUGCAGGCGUCCCUGGGGCUCUUCUGGGAUCUAAACCGAAGCUCAAGGGAAGCCUGGGGACUGGAGCUGAGGAAGGGACGCCCGUGGCCACCGGGGUGGCAGCGCCCGGGGGGAAGAGCCGCAGGCGCCGCACGGCCUUUACCAGUGAGCAGCUGCUGGAGCUGGAGAAGGAGUUCCACUGCAAGAAGUACCUGAGCCUGACCGAGCGCUCCCAGAUCGCCCAUGCCCUCAAGCUCAGCGAGGUGCAAGUCAAGAUCUGGUUUCAGAACCGACGGGCCAAGUGGAAGCGCAUCAAGGCUGGCAACGUGAGCAGCCGCUCUGGGGAGCCUGUGAGAAACCCCAAGAUCGUGGUGCCCAUACCGGUGCACGUCAACCGCUUUGCUGUGCGCAGCCAGCACCAACAGAUGGAGCAGGGUACCCGGCCCUGACAUCUGGGACCAUGGCCUGGAGGACUGGGUCCAUACUUGCUGGGUUCAAGACCAAAGGGCAGGGGCAGACUGAGCCCAGAGACCAACUGUGCCCUCUACUCUGGCCAGGCUGAAGAUGUGGGUACAUGGCCCCAGUCCAUCUCAGAGGUCUCUAGGACUGGGGACUUCAGGUCCAAGGGCUUGGAUUCUGAGGACCCAGCAGCACUGGGGACCAUGGCGGACUCCUGGGUGGGGUGUUGGUGCGGUCACAGAACAUCUGGGGUCUGGAGGACUCUGGCUAAGGCACUAAACAGCUUCUGGUGAGGUCCAGGGCAUCCCAGCUAGGUGGAGCACAGCUCCUUAUUUAUUUUGUGUAAAGUUUGUAUAUAUGGAGCCAUCAGUCUCUUGUCUGUCAGCAACCCUCAGAGAGGUUGGGAGAGGUCUGUUUCCUCCGUCCUCGGCCAGAGCUUAUUUCGUCAUUGCUCUGGGGUGGGCACUGACCGACCUCUUUGGUACAAGGACACGCAAACAUAUCCAUGGAAGUCGCUUGGCUUCCAUGUUCCCACUCACACCUUGUCCCUGUGCCCUGAUGGGGCAAACAGCCUCACUUCUUUGUAAGUCCUGCCUCCCCUUGGGAGCACUGGCUGGCUCUAGGGUAAGAUACUCUUGUGGGUGUUAAAGGGAAAUGAAAUUGGUGACCCUCAUUUAGUUGUGGUUAUGUCACCUGUCCUGUCUAUGGUUGGGACAAGACUGGGGCUCCCUCAGGCCCACUGUGAGCUCCUUAAAAAAGUUUCCAUCCUCCCAGCAUGAACGGGCUCCUUCCUCCCUGACACACCUGUUUCAGAAGUAGAGUUGCCACAGUAUCUACUAUUACAGAACAAAUGGGCUCAGAGGACCACAGUCCAAGGUCCUGGAAGGGCAUGCACGGCAGGUUAGACCACGGGGCUAGGAACCAGGUAAGAGCUUUGGGAUCAGCACUGCUGGCAAACUGAGCAUCUGCAUGGGUGGACAGAAUCAACCCCCAGUCUAGGGCUCAGAAUACAGCUGCAGAGACAGCAGGGGGGUGAGGACUGUCAUAAAACCCACUGCAGCUGGCAUCAUACUGUGGUGACAAGGCCUGUACUCAGUGGGGAAGGCAGUGGGAAAUGUGGCCAUGGAGAAAAUAGGCAGGCUAUGGAGCAGGCAGGGAAAGCCAGGAACUAGGGUACUAGAGCAGGGGUCAAGCACCUGGCCAGCCUCCUCACCACCACAGAGGCCAACUUCUGGCUAUCCUGAGACACCAGGGUAAAGUAGCCAGUGUUUCAUCCAUUCAAGCAAGCGGUGAAACUGAGAUCACCUCUCCCUGGCCUUUCCUCCUCCUGGCUGGUGUUAGCAACCCACCACAGCAGCCCACAGUGGUGACUGGUCAGCGAUGGAGAGGACACAGCUUUCCAGGAGGACACAGGUCCAGGGUAGGCUGCCUCUGGUCCUCUGCUGCAUUUCAGCAGGGCUGGGAAUUCUGCCGCCCUCACCACAGCCUGGCCCUGUACAUGGCACCCAGAGGGCCAGGCAGGGGUCAAGGAUGGCAGGAGCUGCUGUCCCUUCAGCAGGGCUGGACCACAGAGGCUCUGUGACUCCAUGUCGCUUGUGCAGCCACCUAAUGUGGGCCUGCAGGACUCAGCUGCCCCAGCAGGUGGGUCUUAGGACUCCGAGGCAACCACUGCUGGCAUUUUCCAAGUUCAGGAGCAGAGUCCCACACACCUGGCCCCACCUUUGCACUUCACAGCUUUGCGAAAGGGGACGCGGACAAAGAAAUAAAAUUGCUUUCCUCUCUGAA